AUGGCCGAGGAUGGGCAGGUGGAGCACCCUGCAGAUGCGCUGGAUGCCAUGCGUGAACGCUUCCUCCUCCCAGGAGUGGCUGCCCCCUUUGGCUGGGUGACCCGGCUGCGGACAUUCGGCAAGCGAGUGCAGAACACCACCACGAGUCUAGGAGGAAGCACGGGAGGUGGUAGUGCCACGCCUGGCACUGGCCCAGCUGGCGGACAGCCCCUACAAACAAUCAGCGCGGCUGGAACUUUCUUUCAAGCACCGCAGAACUGCAAGGCCCUUCCAACCACAGGGGAGCGAUGGCUGCUGGACCGAGUCCUCACAACAGACAGGCUCCGGGCAGAGUGGGUAGCUGUACGGCCAUCUGAUCAUCAGGUGGUCUGGGACACAGCAGUUGUAGAUGACUAUCUGCAGCAGGUGGAUGAAUUUCUUGAGCAGCUGCUUCUUGUGGUUCAUCUCACUGGGGGCCAGCCUGCGCGGGCCACAGAGCUGCUCAGCAUACGGCACAGUAACACAGUCUGCGGCCGCCACCGCAGCAUUUUUAUUGAACAUGGGCUGGUGAGCAUGGUGACAACCUAUCACAAAGGAUACAGCAUGACCAACUCCACAAAGAUCAUCCACCGCUAUCUGCCAGCAGAGACCAAGCUCAAUGUAAUCCCUUGGCGGCAUGCCGCCAUUGCCAUCUCGCGUAUGCACCUGUCCUGUGGAGGGUUCAAGCGGGAAUAUGAGGCAGAUGAUGCGGCAGUAGACCAGCAGGCAGGCCAUGGAUCCUGGGCUGCAGGUACAGUAUAUGCGCGGGGGCUGCAGGAGGCACCAGGCCACAUUGAGGAACGGCGUGUGUGGUACCAGGCUGUCAGCCGGGAGUGGCAUGAAUUCCUGGGGUUUAACCCAGGGGUGCGAAAGCGGGCACGGAACAUGGAAAAGAGCGUUAGCAGAAAAGCUCAAAAACAGCAGCCAUCAUAUGUAACAGUAGAAAUAGAUGAUAACAUAGAGCUAUAA